CUAUCUAUCUAUCUAUCUCGGUUCUUAUUACAUGUAAUAAUGAGACCAAAGAAUAAUAAUAGCAAUGCUGCUGGAGGAGGUUCAUCAUCCUCUGGUGUCAAGACAACAUUGAUGAGGAUGUUUGUUGUACUGAUCGCAUUCAUGACCUACAACACUAUGAUGUACACAUCCAAACAACCAAACAUUCAAACACUCGAGAAGGAUCAUGUCGACUCAUACACUGCUCUCUCUGAGCAACAACUGGCCAGGCGAUUGGGUGAUUCUAUCAAGUUCAAGACCAUAUCAUUUGCUCAUAAGGAUGAGAUCAACUACCAGGAGUUCUUGGACUUCCACAGGUUCCUGAAUAGGACAUUCCCAAAGGUGCACAACUACCUCGAGAUCAAUAUCAUUAACGAAUACUCAUUGUUGAUGCAGUGGAAGGGCAGCGAUCCAGACUUGAAACCGGCUAUGCUGGCCGCACACUUUGACGUCGUGCCAAUUGCCAACCCUGAUCAGUGGACUCAUCCCCCAUUCGAUGGCGUAGUCGACGACCAAGGCUUCAUCUGGGGCCGUGGCUCAAUGGAUGAUAAGUUGGCCGUGAUGGGUAUCUUGGAGGCCGUCGAGGACUUGAUCGAACAAGGCUUCAGACCACAGAGAUCACUCUACCUGGCGCUUGGACACGACGAGGAGAUUGGGGGAGUAGACGGUGCCAAGCACAUGGCAGAGUACCUAAAGGCGCGUGGAGUCCAGCUCGAGUACAUACUGGAUGAGGGACUGCCAAUCAUGAGACCACCUGUGCUUCCUGGUGUGACUCGCAAGGUAGCCGCAAUUGGCAUGUCCGAGAAGGGCUACAUCACAGCGGUGCUCAACAUCAAGUCUGACGGCGGUCACUCAUCAAUGCCUCCAAAGAACACAGCCAUCGGUAUCCUUGCCCAAGCUGUGGCCAAACUCGAGGCCAACCCCUUGCCAGCGGCAUUCAACGAGGUAGCCUUGUUGCUGGACUUUGUUGGACGCGAGGCCACUCUCCCCUAUCGCUUUGUAUUCUCCAAUCUCUGGUUGUUCAGACCAUUGAUAUCAUACGUCCUUUCGCUCAAUCCUGGAAUGGAUCCAUUGCAACGAACCACCACAGCUGUCACCAUGUUCAAUGGUGGAACCAAGCCAAACGUACUUCCAAACGAGGCCAACGCCACCAUCAACUUUAGAAUAUCCCCCUCACAAUCAGUCCAAGAUAUUUUGGAUCAUAUCAAGAACACAAUCAAUGAUGACAGGAUAGUUACGAUCAUUCCAGAGGAGUUCACUGAGCCAUCACCAAUAUCAUCAGCUGAUUCACCAUCAUUCAGAUUGAUCCAAGCGACAGUCCUUCAGGAGUUCCCAGAGGUCAUUGUGGCACCAGGUCUAAUGGUUGCCAACACAGACACUAAGUGGUAUUGGGACCUUUCCAACAACAUAUACAGAUUCUGUCCACAAGAGUUGUCCCACAGCGACUUGAAGCGUUUCCAUGGUAUGGACGAGCGAUUGUCCUCAUCAGACUACAGACAACUGGUUGACUUCUACUACCAUCUCAUCAGGAAUGGUGAUCAACUAUUG